AUGGCUUUCAAGUUUAUCGCUGCUCUCGUAUUUUGUUCCACGCUGGCCGUAGCUAGCGCUGCUCCGUACAUACACCACGAAGAAAGUGGAGGGCAUGGACAUGAGGAGCAUAGCGGCGGAUCCAGUCAUGCUUCUUUUCAUUUAGUCUCACAUGACGAUCACCAUGACGAGCAUGGACAUGAGCAUGGUGAUGGCAGCGACUCGCAUGCUGAGUACCAUUUCAAGUAUGGUGUUGAGGAUAAGAAGACGGGUGACUUCAAAGAACACAGCGAAAAGCGAGAUGGUCAUAAGGUAACCGGACAUUAUGAGUUGAUUGAUGCUGAUGGUCAUAAGCGAACUGUCCAUUAUGUCGCCGACAAACACAGCGGUUUCCAUGCUGUGGUGCACCGCGAACCCACUCAUCAUCACAUAGCCGACCAUGGACACACAAGCUACUAUGGUGGACACGCUCAUGUCGAGUCCCACCAUGAGGAACACGGUCAUGAACAUGGUCAUGGUCAUGGUCAUGGCCAUAGUGACGGUUACUCGCUCAAGCAGGAACAUGGUAUAGCCUUCCAUCAUGGCGGACAUGAACAUGGUGGCCACGAAGGUGGUGCUGAAGGUGGUAGUGAAGGCGGACAUCAUUAUGGACACUAAGGCUGCAUUUGGGUGGGUCGUAGCAUU